AUGUCGAAGCUUCUUGUAGUACUAUCGGUAAUAUCCGUCAGCUUGGCGGCACCAAUCAUCUAUGAUGAGAUAGUACCAGCCAUUACAUGGCGUGUGGGUCGUGCACCCAACGUGGCAUUUGGGUUCGGAAGUGGUUUCAGCAGUAACAUAGGUGGUAUCAGCCACUCCUCAGGAAUUGGUGCUUCCUACCAAAGUGGUGACGCUCAGGCUUACGGCUCUGGUGCAGGAGGUUCAGAUGGCAAUUUCGCCAGAGGUAUUGGCUACGCUCAGGCUGCACCCCACUAUGUUCAAUCCCGACCAUUCAUCGCACCAGCACAUCAACAAUCCUCAGCAUCAGCUUUCAAUAACGGAUUCGAUAGGAACUAUGGAUCAGCUUUAUCAUCAGCACAAAACUUCGGCAACUUUGGAUCAGCAGUGUCAUCUUCUCAAAGCAGCAACGGCUUCGGAUCAGCGAUAUCUUCGGCACAGAACAACGGUUUAGGUAACUACCAAACCGCUCAGGCAUCCGCUCAAAAUCAAGGCCUAAGAGGAUACGAAUCAGCUGUUUCCAGCGCCAGCAACCACGGUCUGGGUUACAACUCAGCACUCUCGUCCGCUAACAAUGCUGGUAACUUCGGAUCAGCUGUUUCUCUAGCCCAGGGUCACGGACCAAAUCACAUUGGCCAGGCUAUUUCCGCCUCCCAGAAUAUCGGUGGUUUCAAAUCCAGCAUUGCACACAGCUUCCAACAAAACGGCGCCUCCAUUCAACAGAGUGACGCUAGCAGCAUUAACGCUCCAGGCAUUCAGUCAUCACAAGCACAUGCCUUUAAUAAUAACUUUUAUUAA